CUGCUGAAAAGGUACGAGUCGCGCUGCAUCUUGGGUACACAACAUUAACUCCGCGGUGAUGCAGUGCGCCCGCGGCGUGCGGACCGAACACCGAAGUUAAGUCUGACGGGAUCGUCUCGGGAGCUUCUCGAUUUCUCAUCCAACUUCCAAUUUUUUUUUUUUUUUUUGCAAACGCGUCCGACCCGAGCCUCGCCGUGCGCCAUGAGCCAACUUCUCCGGAGCGGACCGUGGCGCUUGUGAUCCCCGCCGAAGCACCAGCCCUCCUCGCCGGGGGAACAGAGAGCGAGCAUGACGGAGCCCCUCGCCCCGCUGCCUUUCGUCGGCUUCACUGGGAAAUGGUAGCGCGCACCGGGAAGCAGGGACCAUGGUCGAGAGGAGCAGCAAAUUCUUAUUGGUCGUGGUCGGAUCGGUUUGUUUUAUGCUGAUUCUUUACCAGUACGUGGCCCCGGGGGUGAUCAGUUUCGGCUCCCCGCACGGGUACUUCACGGAGGGCGACGAGGUGGACAUCUUCCCUACCCCGGACCCGCACUAUGUUAAGAAAUACUACUUCCCCGUGCGAGAUUUGGAGCGGACUAUCGAUUUCCAAAUGAAAGGAGAGGACGUUAUAGUGUUCCUUCACAUCCAGAAAACCGGGGGGACUACGUUCGGGAGGCACCUGGUCCAGAACGUGCGUCUGGAGGUGCCGUGCGACUGCAGACCCGGGCAGAAGAAGUGUACGUGUUACCGGCCGAACCGUAAGGAGACCUGGUUGUUCUCGCGCUUUUCCACCGGCUGGAGCUGCGGGCUGCACGCCGACUGGACCGAGCUCACCAACUGCGUGCCCGGCGUGCUCAACAAGAAGGAGAGCAAGAGCAAGAGCCCGAGAAAGUUCUACUACAUCACGCUGCUGAGGGACCCUGUGUCGCGGUACCUGAGCGAGUGGAGACAUGUCCAGCGGGGGGCCACGUGGAAGACCUCCCUGCACAUGUGCGACGGCCGGACCCCCACCCCAGAGGAGCUGCCGUCCUGCUACGAGGGCUCCGACUGGUCCGGGUGCACACUACAGCAGUUCAUGGACUGUCCCUACAACCUGGCCAACAACAGACAGGUGCGCAUGCUGGCAGACCUGAGCCUCGUGGGCUGUUACAACAUGUCCACGGUGCCGGAGAAGAAGCGCGCUCAGCUCCUCCUCGAGUCGGCCAAGAAGAACCUGAGGGACAUGGCCUUCUUCGGGCUCACGGAGUACCAGAGGAAGACCCAGUUCCUGUUUGAGCGCACCUUCAGACUGCGCUUCAUCAGGCCCUUCAUGCAGUACAACAGCACCAGGGCGGCGGGCGUGGACCUCGACAACGCCACGAUCCAGCGCAUCGAGGAGCUGAACGAGCUGGACAUGGAGCUCUAUGACUACGCCAAGGACCUGUUUCAGCAGCGAUACCAGUUCACCAGGCAGCAGGAGCGCAGACAGCAGCGCCUCAAGCACCACCUGCAGUCCCACCAGGGCCUGGGGCUGGGGGUGAGCCUGUGGCCCUCCUCCCCCCAGGACGAGGAGGGGGCGGAGAGCAGAGACGAGCCGGAGGAGGCUGGGGGACGCACGGAAGAGCUGGUGGGCUCCAGACUCCCCACCGAAGACUACAUGAAUCAGAUUAUCAACCGCUGGUAGCAUAAGGACUACUGAAGGACUAGAGUGGAGAGGGUUGGUCAAAUGCAUGAGUGAAUGAAGGUGGUUUUGUGUUUUUGGCAAUAUUUUUAACAGUUUUUUUUAUAAGAUGAUUUUAUUUCAUAUUAUUAGCACAAGUUUUUAUUUUGAUAUAAUUUUUUCACAAUUAAUCCAACAAAAAUUGAAAUUUAUAAAUCUGAAGUUUCAUUAGGCUUGUGGUUGGAUAUAUUUUUAAGUCAUUUUAGAAUUUUGAGAAUUUAUCAUUUUAAAAGAAAAGUCCCAUUGCAUUUCCUUUUUUUCCUCCAAUAUAUUUUAUACACAAUUUUUAUAAAAACAGUGGUGACCUUGACAUUUAUUUAACUUUUUUGUUUAAUUUUGGUUUAUUUUUUCCAUGUUUUUGUUGCUGAAAUUUCAAAACUCUAUCAAUUCAGUGUCAAAAAUAAGCUUGAAUGAAAACAAACACAAAACUACCUUCAUGAAACUUUGCAAUUGACUCUGGGGGUGAGUUAAUUGUGGUUGCUAUGGAAACCCGGGGCUCGGUGCGUUCAAUGCCGGGCCGACGUUCGAGCGCUCCCCCUGCCCCGUUCGCUUCUGUCUGUCCCGCCGUCUGAACAGCCCCAGUUCAGUCCCGUUUGGAGCAUGAGAAAUUUCUAACAAAAUUCCCACUUUAUCCUCGCGACGGACCAGACUGUAUCCUGGAAGACAAUGAAAGUAUAUGGGACGACAAGAACAUUAUGAAAAGUGGGGACAGAAGACUUUAAACGACUUUCUGCUUUAAGAAAUCCGCCAUUUUCCCCAUGAACAAGCUUGGAUCACGAUCAUUUUAGGAGAACGCAUCAUUCUGUAUUUUCCUUUUGUGUGUAUGCUUUUUUGAAAGCAGAAUUGUAAUAACACUGAGACCAAUAUUGCUGCCUAAAGAAUUCCUUUUAUUCCUUUAUUUUUGUCGAUUUUUUAUUUUUUCAAAGCUAUUGGAUUGGAUCUUCGCAUAGUCGGACCAUAGCCAUUUCUGAAGCCUUGAAACUUUGAAAAGAUUGUGUCAUUUGUCUGGGUAAGGCUUCCCUAGUUCCUGAAAAUGACGCUAGGCUAUGCUACGCUAAGCUAUGCUAGGCUAGGCUAAUUGUUUUUAUCACAGGCACAUCAACUUUGCUACCUUAAUUAGGGAUGUAACAAUAACCAAAAUAUCAUGAUAUCAUAUCAUCAAAGGUCUCACAAUAAUAUCAGGGGGCGUCACAAUAUAUCGAAUUAUAUGUUCCUUUGUGUAAAUGCAUUUUUUUAUAGUAGCAAUAGCUAAUAAACAACGGGAACUACAUAUCCCAUGAUUCAUUUCAGCGCAGGACAACAUGAAAUAACGUGUGUUUUAUUGAAUUCUUCACACCAAAUUCUUGUCAGAGUAUUUUAAAAGCAAAAAAGCGUCCUAUCUACAAUAAUAUCAGCCUCUCCAAAAUAUCUUAAUAAAUAUCGUACCGUGACAUGCAUAUUGUGAUAUCGUUACAUCCCAAACCUUAAUGUUUCUUUUAAAAAUCAAAUUUACAAUCAAAAUUAUUAGAUUAAUAAGAUUGAAUGUCACAAUAUUUCACGUGUUUGAUUUACUGUGAAAAGAAAUAUGAUGAUUUUAUUUUUCA